AUGAAGUGUGGCACGGUCAUAGUCACUAUGACCCUGGUCUGGGUGGGGACCUUAGCCCAGCAGCCUGAAGAAAAAAUUCCCUUUCAAACUAAAAGCAGAGAUGCUUGUGUCAUGAGCGUCAGUGGUCAAGGCGAGAUGAGAGUAAGGAUCGAAUGCAAAAAUCAGGGCAAGAACUUUUUAUGUGAAUUUGCGUCCAAGCCAUCCUUCUGUCGAGCAUACAACAAGGACCCAAAGGGAUUUUGGAACCAGCUUAGCCAAGAUUUAAGAAAGAGUGGAAACCCAUGUGAACCCCAAGUGUUCAGGCAUAGCAUGUGCCCAAAGGCUCCUGCUCCUUCUCAAUUCAGGCAAGUAGUGCCCAGGAACCAACAGUCUGAUACCUCGAAACCUGAGAAAAAGCCAUCACCAACAACUAAGAAACCAACAACUAAAAAACCUCCAGCUACCAAGAAACCAGACCCUCCCAAGCCUAAACAACCGGAAGAGCAAAAUCCCAAAGCCGUGAAGAUGGCAAAAGAUCACUGCUCAUGGUUCUUCCAGACAUUCUGCUCCUACAUCAUAGAGAUUUUCGUAUAA